UAGAAGAAUUAAAAUGUGAAUCUUAUUCCUAGCAUUUAUCAUCUGUUUUGAAUUGAAUCUAUAGUCUUUGUAGUUAAUUAAAAAAACAUCAGCCAUUGUGAAAAAGUGAAGGAAAAAAAGGUGAACAUUUAUGUCAAAAUUUUCAAGGCUGUUUUGUGAUGAUUUUAAUUAAUAUAAACGUAAAAAGUAUUCUAACAAAACUUAUAUUUUGACGUCGGGUUAGGUUUCGUGUUUUGUUAUACAGGAAAAAAAUAGUAAUCUUACAGUGAAAGGUUCAAAACAAAGAAUUAUUAUUGUUGUUAACAUGGGUUAUUAUUGCACUGUUCCACAAUGCACUUCGUUGGCCGGCAAGACGAAGAACGUCAAAUUCCACCGAUUUCCCCGCGACGAUGCAAUGGCUAUGAAAUGGAAUAUUAUUUUAAAACGAAUGAAACCAAUAACAAAAUAUUCAAAAGUGUGCAGUUUACAUUUUACACAAGCGGAUUACAAUGUCACUACUAUGGGUAAGAAUAAAGGUCAAUGGAAGACGUUGAGCAAAGACGCAGUACCCACACAGAAUUUACCAAAACUAAAUCCAGAUGGCACGGUUAUGGUUAUUCGUAAGAGUCGGACGAGUGUUAAAUAUAAAGGCGAUAAGAAGGAUGAGAACAGUCAAUGCCACCAAGAAUACUACUCUAUUGUAAAAGAGGAGUUGUCAAUGGAUAGUCAAACUAUAAAGACAGAAUUGAUGAGCCCAGACCCAACCACAGAACCACAAAGAGUUAUUGCACCACAAUCGUCUAUAGUUUCAACUGUAUUUCAGUUAGCCAGCCGCCUUCAAGGGUUUAAUUCUCCAGAGAAACCAAAAACCCAAGACGCAAUAAUGCAAACGGAUCCCUUAUCAGAUGAUGAAAGUCCCGGCAAAUAUGAAUCGCCCGAAUAUGUGUAUCCAGACGACUAUUUUAAAAACAAAGAGUAUUUACCACAGACAACAGAGGAAUAUAAUAAAGAAGCGGAAAAAUAUGCGUUGGAGAGAAAGAGCAGUACGUUUGACAGUUUUCAGAAAACUGUAGAUUUUACAAAAGAGAAAAAUGAGGAAAAUUUUGGGAAAGACGUAUAUCAGAAGAUGGAUUACCUCUAUUAUCAAGAUAGCGCUGAGAUGUUGAGGAAUCAACAACAAAAUAUACAUAUGUUACAGGAACAACAUAGAAUGAAUGAAAAUCAGAAUUUCUUCGACGAGAAUCAUAUAAAGCAAGAAGUGGAGGUCUAUGCAGAGGAAGACAAAUGCUUUGAAGGCAAGGAGAGAGCUGAAGAACUUUACGAGAAUCACACCAUUAUGCAACAGACAGAAGAGGAAGUCAAACAGGAACCGGAAAAUAGUAAUAACAAUGGCAGUGAAACAGUAAUGCAGUCGCAACAAUUUUUCAACACACAUGUUCAGAUACCAGAUCCAUUGUACAUAAGUCGACCAGGGCCUGAGUUGUUGAUCGCGAAGCAGAACGCUUUAGCUGCGCACGCGCAGUUAUGGCAAAACACAAAGAAGCGACCAUUCUUCUACAGUGACAACAAUCAGUGUACCACUACACCACUAAUGCAUCGGUAUGAGGAUUUAUCGCGAAUCCUUCAGUGAAAGUCAUUCCUGGUAACUUGUCUGACUGAUUUGGUUUCAUUUGUUUUUCAUUUUCUGAAAUUGUACAACAUUCCACCAUUUGGAAAUAUACAUAAUUAUUUGGCUUUAUGUUUUGGUCAAAUUUUUAAACUUGUUAUACAGUGACAACUUUAAUUUUCGGGUCAGUUAUGUUUUUGGUAUUUUUUAAUUUAAAGCCAAUCUUGUCAGACUUCAAUCUCUUAAGUUUUUUGUGUGAUAUACAUAGAUGAUAGUUUAUUGUAAUUUACUGUAUGGGGAUCAAUUUUUAUACAAGGACGUAGCUAUGAUGUUAAUACCAAAAAUAUAUAUUUAUUUUUUAUUUAUUUAUUUACACUUUGUUGCAAUAAAAAUAAAAGAAACACAAAUAACACAAUACAUAAAAAUUAUAAGAGAUUUUUUAUUAUUACAUAAAAAUAAUAAUAAAAAAAACUUUUAUUUAACCAAUAUACUAUAUAUACAUCUAUAUAUAAUCUUUUACGUAAAAUCAUAGUAAUGUUUCAGAUAAUUUGUAGUAUUUUUUUUCAUCAUCAAGAUCAAAAUAAUAUUACAUCUGAAAAUAAUUUUUGUUUGUCGUUGCUACGUCCUAAAUAAAAUAUUUUUAUUUAACCAAUAUACUAAGAUAUCUUUAUUGUAUAGAAAAAGUAAUAGUUUGUACUUUACAUUUUCUACUGUAGACAUUGACAGAUGUCACCUCUUGAAGGCCUAGCGAAUCUGUCAAGGGAGAACCAAAGUAAGUUGUUAGAAAGGCCAUAAACUACAGAGUCUCCCUAGCAGCUUAGCAUUAUGGUGCCAUUUUUUAUUUACGUGAACCAUAAUAAGUCUUGUUUUAAUAUAUAAAAUGGAACUUCUAAAAAAUUUUACACUACUAUAUGUUCUUCUAGUAAACAAAAAUGGUCUGAGAGCCGAAAUAUAGAAUCAAUAAUAUGCCGGAAUUCGAUUUUACGUAUUAUUCUCUAGAGGAAUGUAAUAUGAGGUGACCAAUUGGAACAUUUUCUUACUUUAAAAAUAAUAAAAUUGUGAUAUAAACAGGAGACACAGAGUUUUUGAAAAGUUUCAUUUCUAUUACGUGUACAGUUCUGCAAGGGCAAUUGUAAUAAAUAGUUACCAGUUAGAUUCUUAUUGCAUUUUAUAUGCUGGCAUCAUUUUUGACUUAGCAUUUUUUCUGCAGUGUGAGAUGGCAAUAUUUAUAGCUUUUUUUUUACAAAAAAUGCUGUAUCUUAAAUGAUGCGUCUUUUGGAAGAGUACACCUGGGUGGUGAUAUAUCGAAUUUAAGAAUAAUGUAUAAAUUUAGAUUAAGUAUUGUCACAAGAAAGAACUAAAUUUUUUAAAUCUUGCCAAAGUUUUAGGACACAUGUAAAUAUGAAAAAUUAAUAUAUUUAAGUUAUUUUUUUUUGGCGUAUUUGGAGUUGAUAUUUUAUUUUUUUUGGUGCUGUUAUUUUAUAUAUUUUAGAAUCGAGUACAAUUGUGAACGCACAUAUUUUUCUAGGUUUCUGUUUUUUUUAUUUUUAUUGAAAGUUCUAUCAAUGACAAUGAUGCGAUGCAGGUAUAAUAUCUUAUUGUAUUUUUGGAAGAUUAAAAUCAGUUAUCGUAGUUUGGCGUUGUAAGAGAUUUUUUAAAAUCAAUUUCGUCAAAUUAUCUUGACUUGUGUACUAAUCGUCAAAUAUAUAGAUUUUACAUUAUUGUAUAAUCUAUAUAAAUAAUUUUAAAUACGGAAAAGAUAAAAUAUAUUUCAGUAUGAAAAAUCGAUUUUUAAAAAUCCACAGGCCAAAGCUAACGACUUUUACUCUAUGAAUGAUGUAAGAAAUUUGAUUAUUUGCUUGCGUCGUAUGGGAACGAAAUUUUAUUUUUUUGUUAUAAUUUAUUAUUUGGUAGCUUAUAGAGUAAAAUUCUGUUCAUAUAUACUCUGGAUUUACUGAUUGUAUUUAUAAUAAAGGAUAUUUUGCAAAUUAUCUGUGAAUAUUUGUAAAGAUAAAGUUACCAGCUGUAAUUU